AUGCCUUUGGCAGGUGGAUACAGGUAUCGCCUGACGAUGAUCGACCGGUUCUCUCGCUGGCCGGAGGCAGUACCUCUGCAGGAUAUGACAGCACAGACGGUCUGCGAUGCAAUUUGGUCAGGCUGGAUAUCACGGUUUGGGUGUCCCUUGAUAAUCACCACCUACCAAGGGGCCCAGUUCGAGUCUGCGCUCUUCAUAUCAUUGGCCAAUUUAUUGGGAAGUGAACACAUCCACACGACACCAUACCACCCACAGUCAAACGGCAUGGUCGAGCGUUGGCAUAGGUCUAUGAAAGCCGCUUUAAUGUGCAACCCGCAGACCCCAUGGACCAAACUACUUCCAACUGUAAUGCUUGGCCUCCGAACGUGCUUCAAGGAAGAUCUCCAAGCGUCAACUGCCGAAAUGUUGUACGGGUGCACACUUCGCCUCCCCAACGAAUAUUUCUAUGACCUGGACGCACCCUCGAAUCCAUGUCACUUUGUCAGUCAGUUUCGCACCGACAUGCAGGCGGUAAGGCCGACGCCAGCUUCGCAUCACAGCAAGCCGAAACUCUUUCUGCACAAAGCAUGA